AUGAAUGAUAGCAACUCAGGUUGUGAUAGAAAAGAGGGGGAAUGUUGGGAUGAACAGGCCAGAAAUCAGGCAGAUUGGAGUAGCAAAAGGUCAUCGAGUUCCUCUUCGUCUAGUGCUUCAUUGGCUUACGAUGAAUAUUUAAAAGUCGCAACCGACAAAAGUCUGAGCAUUUUACUGGAACUUGACAUGAACGGCAAAGUGAAGUAUUUGAGCUCGAUAUGGGAAAAAGUCGUGGGUACAAAGAGAGAUCUGCUCGUGGGACAAUCCAUAAGCGAUUUUAUCAUGGGCAAUGAAAACGACAAAUCGGUGUUUUACAGGGCAGUUGAUUUGAUGGUGCGACAGGACUGUAGCUACAGAGUGCGAUUUAUGGCUGAAACGGGGCCGUUGCGUGAGGCUAAAAGAGAAGCUGACAUCGACAGCAAUAAGGAUAAUUUUGAUGAUAAUGGCAAUGAUAAUGACAAUAGUGAUGGUGAAACUGGGAGCGAUGGCGGCGUAAAGCUCUCUCGGCAGCGAAAUUCUAAGUUUUGUGAGGGAGUUAUAGAACUGGAGGGGCAAGGAACGGUGAUAUACAACAAAAAUCUUCCAAGCCACUCGAUGUGGAUCUUGAAACCUUUUUUCGAGAUAGACGAGAUGGAUAAUUUACCCCAGCAUUUGGUUGAAAGACUCGGUUUUGGAGCGGCCAUUUUCUCGCACUAUCUAUCAGAAAUCGAGGAAGAGAUGGUUUUGCAUGAGGCUGAUCUCCCCACUCCUAAGACCGAAUUGUGUCGUGUGUGCGAUUCUCCAGUACCGGCUUGGUGGCUGGAAACGCACUCGGAACUAUGCAUUUUUGAGCAUACAUUGGAAAGCAACGUGCAAUUUUUGCACGACGAACUGGUUGAAAGAAAGGGACGAAUAGAGCACAUUGUUUCUUCCCUCACCACGAAAGAUGUUAAAACGUUGAAUUAUAGAGGGCUUCCAUUACCCUCACUGAAUAGCUCUGAUGCUCAAAUAGUUGAGGUGGUGAAAACUGAGGGGGAACCCGUUUUGCAGAUCAACACCGGCAAAUUGGAUGUUAUCCGGUCGCUCAAUAAUUUAUCGGAGCUUUGCGAUAGUGCCAUAAACAUAAAUACCAGUGAACUCAGCACCAAUCUUUCAGAUAGCACUCUUUUCAAUGCGCAGCCGUCAGGCGAUUACGAUUUUUCUCCCAAGACGAAGGAGAAUAUCGAGCAGGUCAAUAACUGGGGCACAGCACUUGAUUUCUCUGAAAUUGCAGAUCCAGGAUUAAAGCUCUUUUCGGAGGACACCAUGUAUUUAGCCCACGAGAAGGUGGAAGCGUUAUUGCGGCUUGAUAAUACUAUGAAAUAUUCCCUGAAGAUAAAAAGAGAAAUAGACAACUUAGUCCUAAUGCUCAUAGGUGAGAAGCUCGAAAGUAACAGAAUUAAUGCGCUUGGGUCACCUCCAUUUGACGCUUUGCGCCGUAGCGCAAUGGGAGAAGAGGAAGAAGGGGAACUUGGUCAAAAAAUGAGUACGUUUAGAAAUGAUUCAACGUCCAAAAUUGCAUCUCCUCUUCCCCAGAGGCCCCCGAGCGGAAUAUUUGCAAAACCUUACGUCAACUACGAUGAAACGAAACCAAAGGAUGGAGAUUCAAUUGUUAAAGAAGAUUCAGCGUCGCCUUUAAAAGUUUUAGCAGCAACGUCUGAGGAUCUUUGCAGAAACUAUCCCACAUUUUCAGGAGAAGAUCUUGAUGAACAAAAAUCCUCUGUUGACGAUAUUCCAACAUUGUCUGUUCCUCCCUCUCAGGGAUACCCUAAAUUGAAUAACAAUCUUGGAAUGACACCAAUGAGGGGUUCUCCUUUGCUCUCAUUCAACUUCAACACACCUCUAUCAUCACUUCAUAGAAACAGUGCUUCAAAAUCGCAAUCCAUCACGCUAGAUCGAUCACCGAUAACAUCUCCUUUCGCCACAGCUUCUGACUGCUUGACGCCAGAAAUUCAUUUAAAUUCGGGAGUUCCGAAGCAGCCGUUAUCACCUUUGCUGCUUGCCACUAACCAAGCUAAAUCUACACCGCCCAGUAUCAAAGACUAUGAUAUUUUGAAGCCUAUAAGCAAGGGCGCUUACGGGAGCGUUUACCUGGCUAAGAGACGAUUAACUGGCGAAUACUAUGCUGUCAAGGUUCUGAAGAAAUCUGACAUGAUCGCCAAAAAUCAAGUGACGAAUGUUAAAUCUGAGCGUGCCAUAAUGAUGGUUCAGAGCAACAAGUCGUAUGUUGCGAAACUAUUCGCGACGUUUCAAAACAAGGGCAAUCUUUUCCUUGUAAUGGAGUAUCUGAGUGGUGGCGAUCUCUCUACCCUGAUAAAAAUGAUGGGCUGUCUGCCAAAUCAGUGGGCAAAACAAUACAUCAGCGAAGUCAUUUAUGGCGUCAAUGAUAUGCAUCAAAAUGGAAUAAUACACCAUGACUUAAAGCCAGACAAUCUUUUGAUUGAUGCUAAAGGCCACGUCAAAUUAACCGAUUUUGGGCUAUCCAGAAUGGGUUUGGUAAGACGUCACCAGGGAAUUCAGAGGCAAUCGACUCAUUCUUCCAGCAGAAAAAAUAGUAUCGUUUCGGAGGAAGCUAGCCCCUUGAACUUUGUCAAGCGUCAUACACGGACCGAUUCACCGCAUUCCAUUCCCAGCAUUGAAAACUCAAUGAAUAAAAAGGAAAGGUCUGAGUCAAACUCAAGCUCUCAAUCUGCUCUGGAUGUUCCUCAUCUCAAUCGAUCUGCCUCUCAGGUGUCUUUCUCGAUGUUGGACGUCUCAAGGUCUGGAUCACCGCAGCCGCUUUUCAUGCAUAGGCGUACAAGCUCAAGCGUUUCUGACAUGUACGACAGCGGAAAUCCAGACUAUGCUCUGUUCCACCCGGAAGAUUCGCGAACGGAUAAAAAGUUCUUCGGUACACCGGACUAUUUCGCCCCCGAAACCAUUGAGGGCUCUGGAGAAAGCGUCGUCUGCGACUGGUGGUCUGUGGGGUGCAUGCUUUUUGAAUUUUUGCUCGGAUAUCCACCAUUUCAUGCUCCAACUGUCGAAGAGGUUUUCAGCAACAUAUUAAGUGGAAAUAUACUGUGGCCCGAGUUUUCAAGCGAGGAAGAGGAACGGGAACAACUUUCCCCUGAAGCGAAAGAUCUCAUAAAGAAAUUGCUCGUCAAUGACCCGCAAAAAAGGUUAGGGGCUAACGGUUUUGACGAAAUACGUCAGCAUCCUUACUUCGAAGGUACAGAUUGGGAUAAUAUUUAUGACGAGGAUCCAUCGUUUGUUCCUACCGUGGAAAAUCCGGAAAGCACAGAUUAUUUUGACCUUCGUGGAGCAGCACUGGAAGAUCUUAGUGAUCCGGAGGAAGGGCUUCCUGGAGUGUCUGGUGAUGUCAGUCCACCAGCGGGGAUAAGGCAGGGGAGUGACCAGAAUAGUGGAGCCAGCACCCCUGGUCAGAAAAUGACAGUUGCUUCAGUGCUCGAAGGAGUAGGCCAGGACAUGGGCAGUAAUCAUAGCUCUCCGACUACGAGGUAUAUUCCUCUCGCUAUACCUCCUCACUUGAGAGAAAGACGUGUAAGCAAACUGAACGAGCUACAAACGGAGUUUGGCUCUUUUAAUUUUAGAAAUCUACCCGCUUUAGACAAAGCAAACAAGGAUGCCAUCAACAGGUUGAAGAGCGAGCAUAUUGCCGAUCAUCAUCAUAAUCGAAGUUCAACAGCAUCUCUCUCAAGUUCAUCUUCAGAAAUGUCAGGGAAGACGAGAAACGAAAAAUUGGGCCUUUUAGGGUCACCAGGGUCUAGAGAAUCUGCCUGCCUGCACUUGCAUUCGCCCAGCCGUAGAGGUAGCGAAGAUCGCGGCAAUGCUUCUCGAAGGUCAAUAGGCGACCACAGUCCUCUGACUCCAUCGUCUGCGCACGAAAUGAUCGAAUCUCCAUCAUUACUCAAAUUCAAGUCCCCUACUUGGACGGCCGCUGCAUCGUCGAGGAGCCGUCUUCAUUCAAGAACGUCUUCCAUAAGGUCUGUACCCAACGAAACUCUUACUGAUGAUGAUGACAAGCUGUCCACGCUAUCACGGUCAGAAGGUCCCCGCGGAGCCAAACGCACCGCUCGUCGCAGCUCUUCAGGUUCUGGUCCCUGUGUCGAAAACUUAGACGUCUUGAUCUGCGAGCCUAUUCCAAUCCAUCGAUACAAGCUUACGAAAGACUUAGAGGGUCUGGGCUGUUCUGUAAUGAGCGUCGGCGAUGGAGACGAGAUGGUCAGAAGAGCUACUAGCGGAGUUAAGUUUGAUCUUAUUUUCACCGCUUUGAAACUACCCAAACUUGGUGCUGUCGAUAUCGUCCGCCUGCUACGUAACACCAACAGUAUUAAUUGCAAGACGCCUAUCAUGGCAGUGACAGGCUAUUAUCAUGAAGCACAGCAAGCCGGAGUUUUCGACGAUGUCUUAGAGAGACCUGUGGAUAGGGAACAUUUACGAAGGCUCUUAUUAAAAUUUUCUAUCAGAAAGCCACCUUUCCCGGAGGACUCCAUGAGCAGUGAUACGGACAUCGAUCUAUCCUGA